AUGGAUAGAUUUUCCGAGAUAGCGAAGCACUCACAGAACAAAAGCAAGAACUCGCCGAAUCCUGAAAAAAAGACAAACCAGCCGAGCAGCAGCGAAUCCUCUGCAAAUGGCACACUGGAUCCCAAGGAAGACGCAAACAAAGCUCUUCCCUCAGCGCAGCCAGAAGAAAAAGCGCAGAACAAUCCAGGAGGCAGUGCAGACAGCUCUAAUAAAACGAGUGCAGCAGAUAGUGCAGCACACGAAAAACAAAAGUCUUCAAAGUCCAGCCUAAGAGACAAGCUGAAGAGCUCAGAUGGGAUAGAAAUGCACAGAAAAACUUCAGGCGUAGUAGGAGGGCUCAGUGCAUCAGGAGAGGAGAAAAAGAUAGUAAAAGCAAACGAAAGCAAGGAAGAGCCUUCCGGAAGCAGCUCUAUGGGCCUGAUAAACAAAGGAUCCGAUGCAGCUGACCAUGCAGCUGUGAGCUCACUGAAGGGAGGAAUUGAGAACAAAACAGCAACCACAGACAUCAACUCAGGAAGGAUAAAUAAGCCAGUGAAAUCAUUCAACGUAGCAGGAGGGCUGGGCUCUAGCAUAGGAGACCACAUAGAGUCGACGAAGCACACAGAUGUCCUGAAGAAACAAGACAAACCCAUUCGCGUAGACACGAAUGCUGGAAAAACAGACGAGCCACACCACAAGCCAAAGGAAGACAGCUCAGUAAUAGAGCACAAACAGCACAAGAACAAAGAAGAUAAAAAAACAGAAGGAAUAAAAGAUGAAAGCGAAAAGACUGCUUCUUUAUCUGCAGAAGAUAAAACAAAAAAAGAUCUGGAGAAAAAGACAACUGACUCAAAAGGAAUACCUGAAUCUAAGGAUUUAGAUAAACCAAAAGACUCAAAUAGUUCUAAGGGUCCAACUGCUUCAGAGGGACUAGCUGCUUCAGCGGGCGUAGCUGCUUUAGGGGGUCUAGCUGUUUCAGAGGGUUUGGGCGGCUCGAAAGGUGUGAGUAGCUCAGAGAGUAAGAACAUUAAUUCAGUUCCUGGAAGUAACACAAAGACAAUGCAGGAAAACUCAGUGAAAGAAGAGAUCAAAGACACUGAAAAAGGACAAGUCAGAACACAAGAAAUAAACGAAAAAAAAAUAACCGAAGAUGUGGCUCCAUUGAACAGAAAUGAAGCAGAAGCACUGGGAGUGGCUGGGGCUGCUGGGGUAGGCGCGCUUGGAGCCGCUGGACUGGGUGCUGCUGGGGCUGCUGCCCUCGGUGAUUCUCAUAAUGCUGCGGAUAGGGCAAAUGUCGAUGGCGCAAAUUCUAAAUCAGAUGGCUCUGCUUCUGGUGGAAGUGGCGGCAGUAGAAAGUACGAGACCAAGCCUGAAUGCUCGCAGUCUUCUGAGCUCAUGUCGGACAGAAAAAACAACAAAAUACUGUACGAAGCUGAUGUCUACAAGAAGAAAUACUUCCUCCAGUUUCUGUGGACAAAAAGACACUUUACUCUCUCGAACGAGGGAAUUAUGAAAUACUACAGAAAUGUAAAUUCUAAAAGAAGAGGAGAGUUUGACGUAGAUGAGUAUUUUACAUCGUUCAAUGCAUCAGAUGUAAAGGGAAAACACCCCUAUAGAAUUAACAUGGUUAGUGAUAAGAGCGAUGAUCUAGGCUUUGACUCUAAAGAGCAGAGAGAUGAGUUUCUCUAUUGGCUGGACAAAUCAACAGAAUAA